ACAAAGCAAUUUUAUAAGGCUUUAAAUCGUACAGUUGGGAGAGAACAAUUACGCAACAAUAUGAACAAGUUGAAACACGAGUAGCAUCAAUUCAAGAGACUACUUGAUACAACUGGAUUUGGGUGGAACUCAAUGACAAAAUCAGUCACAGUUGAUGAUGAGUCCGUAUGGGAUAAGGCAAUACAGGCAAAUCCAGGUUGGUUGAAAUACAAGAAGUAUGGACUAAACAACUGGCCAGAUUUGUGCAUGAUAUUUGCGGAUGCCUAUGCUAAAGGAAAUUUAGGGGUUGAUAGUGCACAAGAUUUGGAUGACAUCGAAGCUUAUAAUACUGUUGAUAUUGAGCAAGUCUUUGAAUCUCCUAGUACCCUGGUGCAUUUAGGCAUAAUUGACCCCUUCCAUGAGGAUAUUCCUACUCCAACUCAAACCACCACAAAGUGAAAUCUUGAUAGGACACCCACGAGACGAACAAAAAAGAGUACCAAUAAGGGAGAUAGCCAUGUCAAGGACUUGUAUGGGAAAUAUUUAUCCAUCAAAAUUGAGAAAGCAUCCAGUACUUUCGUUACAUCUCCUGUUCGUGAUGGGGAAGGUGCAUCUCGUCCUCAAGAUUUUAGUGUGAGUGCAUGUGAGGCGGUAUUAUCCUCCAUAUCUGAUAUGUCAAAUGAGACAUACUUAAAGGCCACCAGUCGUAUGUGUGUUGAUCCUAGUUGGAGGGAGUUGUUUGUCUGUGCAGAGCCUGUUGAGAGGACUUGGCUUUUAGAUGCCUUGGAUUAGUUUAGGGGCAAUGGGCCCUUUGUCUAAUUCUACUGUUUUAUCAUGGUUGUGUUUGAAUGCUACUUUUGAUAAUUUUGGAUUCAGGAUAAUACUUUCGAUAA